AUGGAGCAACCUGCAGAAAAGGCACCAUACCCUUUCAUCACCGCCCAACUGGGUGGCAUACCCAAUACCAAUGUCGAUGUCCCCGUCACCUGCGUCUUCUUAGUACUCUUCGUCUUCGGCGCCAUCUCGCACAUGACAAUCUUUCAGAUCAACAGAAGACGAACCCACAAGUUCAUCCCCAGCGCUGCGUGCUUUGGCUUUUGCAUGGCGCGCUCCCUUACCUGCGCCCUGCGGAUUUCUUGGGCAUACAACCACGACAACGUGCAACUGGGAAUUGCAGCUAGCAUUUUCGUCGCCGCUGGCGUGCUGGUUCUGUUUAUCCUCAACCUUCUCUUUGCCCAGCGCUGCUUACGCGCUGCCCAUCCGACCUUUGGCUGGAAUCCUAUUGUUAGCAAAGUCUUCAUGUUCUUUUACGUCCUGAUUAUUGGAAUCUUGAUCAUGGUCAUCACCGCCAACAUUUAUCUUCACUACACGCUUGACGUCCAUAAGCUGAGCCAAUGCCGAGAUAUCCUCUUGGUUGGAGGAACCUAUAUGGCUUGGUUCUCCUUCCUCCCAUUGCCGGUUUUGGCUUUGACCCUACUCUUGCCCAGGCGGUCAUCGUCGUUCCCUGCGGAAGAGUUUGGCACUGCUGGCUCGUUCAACUCAAAGUUGUGGAUUGUCGGCACCGCUGCGUUUCUGCUGUGUGCUGGUGCCUCCUUCAGGGAUGCAACCAGCUUCUUGCCUCAACGUCUUGCUUCGAACCCGCACACGGUCCAGAACAAGCCAUGCUUCUACAUCUUCGUUUUCACCGUUGAAAUCCUUGUCCUCUACAUGUUCUUGAUCACUAGGAUCGACAGAAGGUUCUGGGUGCCAGAUGGAAGCAAGGGCACUUAUUUGCAGACAAGGGGAAACAGUCUGGUGGACCUGACAGCUCCUGAAAAGAAUCCAAGCAACAAGACCAGUAAGAGUACAUUGAUGAAUGGGGAUGUCUUGGCAUAG